AUUGUUGUCGUUCUGCACGAUGACGUAGUCAGGAAGGGCUCUCCAGCCAAAACAGCUGGUUGAGUUUAGCUUAGCUGUAACUCUUUGAAGUUUUUAUUUUUCUGAAUAUAUGUAAUUUAUUCAGAACAGAAGUCAUUUGCGCUUUUGGAGACGACCAUUCACUGCCUUUAGCUUAACUUUUCAUGGGUUGAAUGGAGGUUAACUGAUUUGGACAUACUCAACAGAGACCAAAACACAGCUUUUCUUCCCUGCAGUCCAGCAUUAAAAUGUCGCCUGUUCACGCUUCCUUUGCUUUGCUACUUGCUGCACCCCUGCUGGUGCUCGGCGUUCCUCCUAUUUGGACCCAGCCAGAACAGGUGCACCUCUCCUAUGGAGGAGUGCCAGGCACCAUGGUAGUGACCUGGACAACCUUCAAUGAGACAUUCAGCAAGGUGGAGUAUAGCCUUCUGGGGGCUCGGCUCUUUGAGAUGAGCGCCAUAGGACACGCGACUCUGUUUGUUGACUCGGGAACGGAAAAGAGGAAGAUGUUCAUUCACAGGGUCACACUCAGAGGCCUCAAACCAGCAGCUUCGUAUGUCUACCACUGUGGCAGUGAAGAAGGCUGGAGCGACGUGUUCUUCUUCACUGCUCUUAAUGACAGCACUAUGUCCAGUCCCAGGUUUGCUUUUUAUGGUGACCUGGGCAACGAGAACCCCCAGUCUCUGGCUCGACUGCAAAAGGAAACUCAGCUAGGGAUGUACGAUGUCAUCCUACACAUAGGAGACUUUGCCUAUGACAUGCAUGAGGAUAAUGCCAGGAUUGGAGACGAGUUCAUGAGGCAGAUCGAGUCCAUAGCUGCCUACGUGCCCUACAUGACCUGUCCAGGCAACCAUGAAGCUACAUACAACUUCUCCAACUACAGGAAUCGCUUCAGCAUGCCAGGCCAGACUGAGAGCCUGUGGUACAGCUGGAACCUGGGCUCAGCGCACAUAAUCUCCAUUUCCACCGAGGUUUACUUCUAUCUUGACUUUGGCCAGGACCUCCUCUUCAAGCAGUACGACUGGCUGGAGAAAGACCUGGAGGAGGCCAACAAGCCCGAGAACAGAGCAGUGCGUCCUUGGAUCAUAACCAUGGGGCACCGGCCCAUGUACUGCUCUGAUGAUGACCAGGAUGACUGUACUAAGUUUGAAUCCUAUGUCCGGCUGGGAAGGAAUGACACCAAACCACCGGCUCCAGGUCUUGAGGAUCUAUUUUACCGUUAUGGAGUGGAUGUGGAGCUGUGGGCACAUGAGCACACAUAUGAGAGGCUGUGGCCUGUGUAUGGUGAUAAGGUAUUCAAUGGCAGCAGAGAACAGCCUUACGUGAACCCCAAAGCUCCAGUCCACAUUAUCACAGGCUCUGCUGGCUGCAGAGAGAAGACUGACAAGUUCAAUCCAAACCCCAAAGAGUGGAGUGCUUUCCGCAGCACAGACUACGGCUACAGCCGUAUGCAGGUGGUCAAUGGAACCCACCUGUACUUGGAGCAGGUGUCUGAUGACCAGAAUGGGAAGGUGAUUGACAGCUUAUGGGUGGUGAAAGAAAAACAUGGCUUCUCUGCCUGGGUAUGAAGACUGUCUUUCUUAAAGCAAAUGCACUUUGAGCCCAAAACAAGUACUUUUUGCCUCCAAACCAAUUAUGCAGUGAUCAUAAAACUUAUUCCUGCUCAUUUGAUUUCACUGAGCCUUGUGCAAUUUUAAAAACACCUACCGUAUUUUUCGGACUAUAAGGCGCACUUAAAAUCCUUUAAAUUUCUCAAAAAUCGACAGUGCACCUCAUAAUCCAGUGCGUCUUAUGUAUGAAUUCUGGUUGUGCUUACUGACUUUGAACCGAUUUUAUGUGGUACACUGUGCUCAAAAAUCUGUCAAAAAACGUUUUAGUACGACUUUGAUAAGCUACGAAGCUGCAACGCUUGAUGGAUUGUCGGAGCAUUACAGCUACCAUAGUCAGGAGCUUAGUGGAGUAAUCUGGGUCCAAAACUCUGUCUGCUUCAGGUCCCAAAGUCAAACGAACACUGCAACAUCACUGAGAGUUGAAAACUGUCUAAAUUCUUUCAUCUUUAAUAAAAUGAUCAGCGUUGCUGCUUUACCAGGUGUAUCAAUUAAGUUUAACAUCCAGGCAUCCAUGAAAACAGAAUCUGUUAAAUCUAACAGAGUUAGAAGUUAGCAGGAAGUUAGCUCGCUAGUUUCCACCUAAACAUGAUAUAGCAUGUUCUGACUGAGAGAUUUCUGAGAAAAUUAAAUUGUACAGCUCUGCUAUCACUCCCAACAUAAAUGAAGACAGAAAACUAAACAGCAGUGACUUUUGUAGGGUUACUGAAGUUGGACUAGCUGGUAUAUAUUGAUGUGCUACGUGAUCGCUAGCGACACAGCUACGUUAGCAUAACAUUAUCACAGUGAAGCUGAAGGAUGAACCCUAACUUUUUUCCACUCGAUGAAAGUUAAUGUGAGGGUUCCUAAUGGUUAGAGACAAAUGCAGUCGCAUGGCAGGAUGCUGUAAACAGACCAAACUUCAGUCAGGAGAACAACUGCGAUAAUCCAUCCACAAUACGAGGUUAGUCAUUAAUAUACUGCAACAAUAUGGGAAUAGAGCAGCUGCAAGAGAAUUCAGCAUUAAUGAAUCAAUGGUACGGAAUUGGAGGAAGCAAGAAGAAUGAGUUGAGUAAAGUUUGACUUAUCUGACUGGUUUGUUUUGCUUAAUGCGCAAAAUCCGGUGUGCCUUAUGGUCUGAAAAAUACGGUAGUCUGAUACUCUACUGUAAAUUUGCUGUAUAUAAUGUGACUGUAAUUUACUGAAAGGUG